AUGCUGCUGGGGAGUAUUGGCGGGCCCCUGGGAACAGCUGCCCUGCAUCAUAUGAAAGAAGAACUAGAAAGAGGCUUAGCCCAGCUCUGGGAAGCCCAGCUUCAAGAGUUCCUGAAGACAGUGGAGGUUCCUCAAUUGGGGUGCGGCGUCCCCCUGUUACGGGAGGAGACCACCCCAUGGGACGACGCCGAGGCCUUCCUGGCCUCCUUUGAGCAAGUGGCUGAAGCCUGUCAGUGGCCCAAGCAAGAAUGGGUGGCUCGACUCCAGCCAGCCCUCAGGGGAGAUGCCAAGCAAACCUUUCUCAAAAUGGAGGCUGGAGACAGAGAGGAUUAUGGGAAAGUGAAGGCGGCCAUCUUGCAAGGGGACGCCAUGAGCAGGGAAAAGAGUCGCCUGCACUUCCGGCAGUUCUGCUACCAGGAGGCCGAGGGGCCGAGAGGGACGUACGACCGGCUCCAGGAACUUUGCCACGGUUGGCUGAAGGUUGAGAAGCACUCCAAGGAGCAGAUCCUGGAGCUGCUUAUUCUGGAGCAAUUCCUGACUGUCCUGCCUGUGGAAAUGCAGAACUGGGUCAGGAGAAAUUGCCCUGAGACCUGUGCUCAUGCCGUGUCCCUGGCUGAGGAUUUCCUGCUUGGCCAGUGGCAGUCUGAGACUUGGAAAGAGCAGUCCCUCAGCAGGCACCAGAAGAUUCACACUGGCAAGAAGCCACAUCAAUGCGUAGAAUGUCAAAAAGCUUUCUAUGACAAAUAUGCCCUCAGAAGACACCAGCGCCUCCACACGGGAGAGAAACCUUAUCACUGCCCCGACUGCGGGGAAAGCUUUACCUGGAGCGCUUCUCGUGAUGUGCACAGAAAGAUCCACGUUGAAGAGACAUCAGUCAUUCCUCCUCAUGAGAAGCAACAGGGAGAAGGGAUGAUGCGCAUCUGUUGCGACAGGGGUGGGGAACCUCCGGCCACCGGGCCGGGUCCGGCCCGCGAGAUCAUUUUGUCCGGCCCCCGGCCCACCUGCCGGGGCUGGGAACUCCACAGCCCACCCGCUGAGGCCGAGAGCUCCAUGGAGCUAGCUAUCGCUAGCCAAGCCCUCCUCGGCAUUUCAGGCUUCACUGGGAAGCAGGAGCGCAUGUGCAAAAAAACUGAAGGCUGA